AUGUCGAAGAAGGUUAAACUAGACCAGGUUCACUAUUCAUCCACUAUUAAACUCAACGUUGGCGGUCAGCACUUCACCACAAGUGUGCAGACACUGAGAAAAGAUCCCAACUCGAUGUUAGCCGCCAUGUUUUCUGGGAAGUUUGAGGUGAAACCUUCUGAGGACGGUUCGUUCUUUAUCGACCGAGAUGGAACUUACUUCCGCUUUAUACUGAAUUAUCUUCGUAACGACGAACUUAUCUUGCCAGAUGGUGCUACAUUCCUCAAGGAACUCGAAGCUGAAGCUACGUUUUACCAGAUUCAAGGGAUAUUGGAUGAACUGUCGAAGCCUAAAGUACAAUUUACAAUUGACAAUUUACCGAAAGAGUUCGAGGAUUCGUUGAUUUUGACAACUGAAACGCGUCGAGUCUUGAAAGGUUGGUUGCCUCUGGUUAUGGCAGGCGAAUGGCGUUUGCUGUUCCGAGCUUCUCGAGAUGGUUUCGCCUCUUCAGUGUUUCAUUCGAAAUGCGACAACAAGGGGCCAACAAUCACUGUUGUAAAAAGUGGUGGAAACAUUUUUGGAGGCUUUACAGAGAACUCUUGGACAAGUAAGUUAAAUUGAUAUGAUACAGUUCUAGAAUACAAAUCAGCAUAGAGUAUUAAACUCACUCCUGAUGAAUGGUUGAGAACUUUAAUUAAAAUUUUAUGCAUGUCGCAUAGCCUUUGCAGGAACUUGUGCAUUAAUCACCCGUGUUAAUUUCCUUCCUAAUCAGUUAAAUUAUUAUUUCCUCUUUAUUCUGAAGAAGGUUUACACACUGUUCAUACUUGGGUACCUAAGCCACUGACUCGGACUAAUAAACACCGCUGUGGCUAUAACCGGUCAAGGUUUCAAAACACUAAAUGACCGGCAGCCUUCCUAUAUUCUCCGUAAAUUUUACAUAUCGAAAAAAUCCAGCUAAACCAAACUGUCAUAUGUCGAUUGAGAAAAGUCAAGCUAUCCUGAAAUGCUUUAUAGAUCUUAAGUCUAGCGUUUGGUUUACGCAGGGCUCAGGUUUUGAAAACCUUGAAUUGAUAGGUUACCGGCCAUAUAGCCACAGCGAAUAUAGCCACUGGGCAACGUGAGCUCAAUAUAGGUUCAGGAUCAAUGAAGUGUAAUGGGGCAGAAAAUGUUUGAAAGGUUUACAUUUAAAGAUCUUUGAAAUUUAAAUGUGAAAAUGACUGUUUAAGACAUAAUGUCUGAAUAUAUAUAUCAGGUUUAAUCACUAUUAUUCACAGGUGCUACUGCCCCUGAGAAAUCAAGUCAUUUUCUCGAUGCUAAUGAAGUAAAAGUGUCAUGUCGCCAUGCCUUCCUGUUCAGCUUUGUAAACCCAAGUGGUCUGGGACCGACCAAACUGCCGCUCAUCUCUGGGAAGGAAGAUUGUGCCAUCGUUUGUAAAAGCAGAUGUGGACCAGUUUUUGGUGGUUGGGUUGGGCAUGACCUAUUUACAUCAAGUGGUGGUAGCUACAGUAGCAGCAAACUCGGCAAUACCUAUCAGCGCCCACCAGGACAAAAGAGCACGUUCUUCACAGGUGAAGAGAGUUUCUGUGUUGCAGAUUACGAGGUGUUUGGACUCUGCCAGUGA